CACGCAUCGAGGUUCUUAAAUUAGAAUCUCGCUGCGACGUUCGAUUCAUACGUGAUCCAGUACUCGCAGCAUACAGACGGUACUACUUGUUUUUUAAAAAAAGUUGAUAUUUUUCUUGUGAAUUUCAAAAUUGAAAAAAUGGCCGAAAACAACACUAGCAACGGAACCGAAGCUGUCCUAGCUCCAACCUGCAUGAACUCAGUCAACAGAAUCGCCAAACUACCAGUUGUAGAGUCUACAAUCCAAACAGCCCACGACAUUUAUGGAAAAGUCAAAGACUACAACAGUGUAACCAAUUGGACUCUGCAAACAGCCGAAGAUACAGCCAACAAGGCUGUAGGCAUGGCCAUGCCUUACGCUACACCUGUAAUGAAAAAACUUGAAGACCCAAUAAAAAAAGUCGACGAUGUUUUGUGUUCCGGCCUGGAUUACGUUGAAACAAAAGUACCAGCUGUCAAAAUGCCUCCUAAAGAAAUCUACAACAGUACCAAGCAGUACGUCACUCCGGCUGUAGAAACAGCAAAGUCUUAUGUGGAUCCUGCUAUGCAAACGGCCAAAUCUUACGUGGAUCCUGCUAUGCAAACGGCUAAAGACAUUGUUGGACCAGCGGUCACCAGAACUCGCAACGUUGUAGAACCGAUGGUUGAAAAUGCCAGGCACAAGGUGGAUGAAUACUUGCACAGACACCAAGAAUCACCAGAAGGCCAGGACCAGUCUCAGCAAACUUCGCCUCAGAAAUCUUCUGAGUCUGUCAAUAAUGAAGAGGCCGAAAUCGAGUGUCACGAAUGCGAAGACGAUCGCAACCAUACACCAAAUAACUCCAGCUUGGAUUCUACAUAUUAGUUUUGUCAAUUUAUUUUUGUGUUGUUAUUGGAUAAUUAAGGCCCGGUUUAUUCAUCUUCAGAUAAACUAUGUUCUAUGAUUCUAUUGGUCGUCAGUUAACUGACCGACCAAUGGGACAGUUUAUCAGAAGGAGAACAAACUGGCACUAAAUAAAACAAAAAAUAUUCCUUAAUUAUAAUAUUAUUUUAAGACUGUUUAUCUUAUAAGGUUUAUUAUAUUUUCUUUUAAAUUAUAAUUCUAUAUUACAUUUUCAA